UGGCAACAUACUUUUCUACUAAAAAUACUAAGAAUUUUAGGAGUUGACGUUCAAAGAACUGUUUCAAUGAAAUGCUUAAAGAGAAAAGUACAGCCAGUUCCUGGCAAUGAAAACAGAGAUUGCUGCUAUUGACACGAAUUCUAGAAGAGACUGAUGCUUGCAGAACUUCGCUUUUAAUUCUAUGACAUAGUGCUAAAGUGCGGUUAAGUCUCCAGGAGGAAAACCUUACCUAUUCUGAACCUAGCUGACAUUUAACUGUUGAGAAGGGAAAACAACUGAGAUCCAUAUCUUGCUGGGAAGAAAGAAAUAAUCUAUUUGCCCUUGAAACUAAAUUAUGACAGCACUUUGUUUAGACAAGGAUCAGUAUCCCCUUCGUGAUAUUAUUAACAUAUCAGUUGUAAGAUCUCAUCUGCAGCACACUUGGUUAUUGAAAGCAUUGAGAAUUUUAGAAAUUAAUGUGCAAAUGAAAAAUACAUCAAAAUGGUGCCUGAAACAACACAUACAACCCGCUUGUAUUUACCUGCACCUUAUCUUCUUUCACAUUUUAUUGCUUUUAACAGUAGCUCGGGAAAUUUCCAAAAGCAUUGUUUCAGGCAUUAUCUGUAACUGUCUUUCAUUAUACUUAUGGUACAUCAUUAAGCUAAGAUCUAAAUUCCUCUGUAGACUACUUCAUAACUUGAACGACUUGAGCUAUUCCAUAGCAGGGCACAAUUUCCUAAGGUACAAAUUGAUUAAUGUAAGUCUGUUUGUUGUUUUCGUUAUACCGUUAAUAUUUUCAGUACAGUUGAUAACAUUUCACUAUUAUGGUAGAUAUCUAGAUCAUAUUCAAUUUUGGUUGAUGGGACAUAGUUUACCAUCAAAUCAAAUUCUGGAAAAAACUCUUAUAUUCAUAAGUGCCGCGUUGUAUUACAGCGUUCAUAUAGUACCUUGUAUAUUUGUAGUGACAUAUAGCGUCCUUUGCUGCAUAUUGAACAAGAUCAUACUAUUUCAUUUCAGGAAAAUAAAAGUUACUUCUAAAGAUCUGAUUCAUCAACUGAAGUCAUACAAUGCAAUAUUAAACUGCUGCAAAUUAUUUGAAAAGUGUUACUCCUUCCCUCUCUUAUUAGACUUAUGCUAUUUCUUGAUGACUACCUUUACAGCUCUAACAUUGGCUCUUGGAUACGCAAGCUUUUCUAGGCAUAUUAGGAUACAAGAGUCAAUUUUGAUAUUACUUGUCUCUGCAAUUUCAAUUUUCAGCAUAUUUGUGUGCGCUUCUAAAAUUCCGGAAUCUCUUGAAAAUGUGAAAGCCAGAUAUCAAUAUAUUUACCGAAUUCUUUCAAUAGAAAAUUGUCAAGGAAAACUGUAUGAGAAAAAUAUUCUUCGUCUUCUGAAAAUUCUUUGCGAAAUAGAAACUGUGCAUCUUACAGUUUAUAACGUGAUUCGAGUUAAUAGAAAUUUAAUGCUUAGUACAGUUGGUUGCAUUUUGACUUACAGUUUAUUGGUAUUACAGUUGCAGUUAAAUGAUAAGUAG